UAGACCCAGGGAUAGGAUGGGUGCUUAUGCCAGUAGCUUCCAGGGAGAUGCCGGCAGCCUGGUUGGGGAGCUGACUGACCCUAACCAACCGAACUGGAUAACGGCCCACUCUGAAGCCUGUGCUUUGGACAUCCCUGAGGUGGAACGUCUGUGGCAGAGAUUCCAGCACCUGGGCUGUGACAGAACCACCGGAGUACUGGCACAGAAUCAGGCACUACAGGUCACUCAGGAUGUCUUCAUUAAACAGAGCCUACGUCAGGUGCCUCGUGAUGAGAACGGAGGGAUCACGUUCCAGACGUACUGUAACGCUGCCAAGUGGAUGUCCAUCGCCCAGGUAGAGGACAAGCUGAGAGGGGUGUUCAAACUGUUGAAUCGUGGGAAGCCUCUGGACAGAAACAUCAUGAAGAGAAUCCUGUCCAAGCUGUAUGAAGAGGAAAGUGAGGAGACCAUCACUCGACUGGCAGACAUCUUUGUGACCCAGAUAGACACCAAGGAACAGGGUGAGGUGGACGAGGAACAGUUUAUAGAGUGGGUGAAGACCAUGCCGUUUGAGACAGUCAACGCUCUUCUGGAGUUUCACAUCAUUCCUCCUGAGUUACAGGACACCCGGGCCUCAGCUUCACAGGCAACCUCCAGAACCAGUAUAGACGAGCUGGCUGUGCCUGUGUCAGAGGAGACCCUGCAGCAGGUAGCCUCUAAGGUACACGGCAGGGACUGGGUCCUGUUCGCCAACAAGCUGGGCUUUACUCAGAACGACCUGACGGGCAUCAGCAAGAAAGUAGGGAAGAACACCUACCAACAGGUGUUGGAAAUGCUGCACACCUGGCAGAGAAGAGAGGAGCAGGCUGCCACCUGCCGGGUGUUAGACACAGCGCUGCGAGACGGAGACUUUAUCGAUGUCGCAAACGACAUGUUCUUAUAGCUGCAAAACUGUCAGGCAUGCAUGUAGACAUUCCAGUUAUAGCUGCACAACUGUCAAGCAUGCAGACAUUCCAGUGUGUAAUAUGUAAAAGCUCCUAGAAAACCAUGGUAAAGGCAACCUGUCGGCUUUACAUUUACAGAUGUUGAUGUCAAUGUUAUAGAUAAUUGUAGAUGAUGUGUACUAUAUAUGUUGUGUUUGUAAUGUUUGACAAAGUCUCCAAGAAGAUACAAAAUCAAUGUAUUUACUAAAUGGAGAAUAGAUUAACAAGCUGUGUCAUUACAAAGAAAGCAAGAAAGUUGUAAACAGUAUGUUAGAGUAAGAUAUACUGUCAGUACAUGUACAAUGAGCUAGACUUAUUCUACAAGAUGAAGUAUGUUGUCACAUUAAUGUUAUUUAUUCUAUUUGAUAUUUUGCUGUUUCAUAUGUGUUUCCUGUCCAGUGCACUACCUUUAUUGUAUAUAAUUAAUUAGGUAUAUCUUUUCAUCACAUAACCAUAUCCCUUUUUAUACUUUUCUAACUUACUUGUAGAUAUUUAUGUCAACAUCUGACUUACUGGUAUUCAGUCCAUAAUGUUAGUAACUUGUAGACCUUCGCCCAACAGAGAACCUGUAUUGUACCUUACCAUACUAAGAUAAUCCUUUCAAUUCAUUUAAUUCAAAUGAAAAAAAAAUUGACUUCUUCUGAAAGAAAAUCCUGUGAAAACAGAAUUCUUAUCAUACUUCCAGCACAGAAAAAAAAUAGCAUGUUGUGCAAUGGCAGCAGUGCAUUGUUUUAAACUUUACCUUAGACUUAGUCAGUCAUACAACUACUUAAUGUCAUACCUGGGAUGUAAUAAUGUUUGAUACAGGUGUUCCGACCCAUGUGAUAACUUGGGUUAUCACAUGGUGUUCUAAGUGUUAGACAUAAUCAUUGGUAUUGAUGUUACAAUUUUUUCUUGUAUAGGAACUAAUUUUCUCAACUUCUAGCACAUUUCGAACUGAAAAGUGUGUUUUCUCGAGUGGACAUGACAUACAAAACAAAAUGUAGUGUAACAUUGUAUUCUAUGAAGAGAAUUCAAUGUACGACAUGACACAUGUUUGUCUAUUUAGCACUGUCCAUGUACUUCUGCUGCAGCUCCUGUAGAUCCUGUAGAACAGUGCUGGUCUUCUGUAAGAUCUGAUCCCUUUCUGUGGAAUCAGUCAGUUUCUUCUGUAACUGGUCAAGCUGCUGGUCCAGUCUGGAAAGAUGCAGUGUAAAA